UUUUUCUAAUUAAUGACACAUGAUAAAAUUAUUGACUUCUUAAACCACUGAGGAAAACAUUAUCAGUAAAACAAAUAACUUUAAUUCACUGAAGUAUAUUAAUUCGCUAUCCCCAUUAUAUUAAACAAAGAAUGGAUAAGCUUGGGUCAGUUACGCAGUGUUUUGUGUCAAUAUACUGCGUUUGCCAUUAUUAAGGGUGUAAAAGCUAUUAAAUAUAGGCAGAUUAUCCGAUAAAAGGCAGCAAAAUCAGUUGGAAAGAUUUUUUGCACAGCAAUAUAAUUUGCAAAAAAAGCACAUUGAACUUUGUGCAUAAAAAUCAUAAGUACUAAAACUAUAAAUAAGCUUUCAGAUAGAUAUUAAUAAAUGGAACAUUUUGUUUUCAUUACAAACAAACAUUAUGUUCAUUCAUCAAGAACUAUUCAUUCAAAUAUCGUUCAUUCUUUUAAUGUCACUUCUCUAAUUUUGUGUUGGUGUACGCUCGAACAAUUGCAUAGUUACAUAAAAAUUGUUAGCGUGUGUGCGUUUUUUUAUGUGUGUGACGUAAUUUUUGAAGUGUGCGUUUAUAGCAACAACACGCUCGUGUUUGUGGGAGUAUUGCAUAUUUUCAUUAGUGUGCUAUACGUGUGUACCUCGUCCCGCACCAAAAAUGGUGAAAAAUUUUGUUCGGCGAGUGAACGCUAUGGCACCUCCUGGUAUAAAUGCUCUGAGAGGCCAAUAGUUAUUCUGCACUAUUCAAUAGAUCAAAAUUGUUAAUGUAUAUUUGUUUCUGAGAUCAAGAACGCCAAUUUACUCAAAAAUCACAGUCGAGAUGUAAUAUGCCCGUUAAUAAUCUCUUUUAAAUGUAGUGCUGUGCUCUCCCGCAUGCUGGAUCCGGCAAGAUGGAUAGUGAGCAAAGGACUUUACCACAGCAAGUAAUCUAUGGACUUCACAACACUAGUGUCACUAGUCUGUGCACUUUUGUAAAAGGAUAAAAUGCUUUUUUUUUGGCGGGAUUUGAUCGAGUGUGGUUGGCGUCUUAUUUUAAUUAUUUUCAAAUUCGUUCAGAGUGGAUAUUGUGAAAUAAAAUUGGUGUGAUUUUGUGUUACAACUGUCUGCGUAACUGAAGAAUUAGUAGAAUCGUCAAAAUAUACGCUAUUCCGAUCAAGUGGACGUGAGAAUUUUACUGUAGUAUUGACUACCUCACAGAAGCUUAUCGAAAAAGCCAGCUUGAUACAUUUCGUGCCAAACACUUCAAGAAACAUUAGAAUGCGUCACACCGACAUUCUAAUGUAAAAUGAAAAACAGAAUAAUUUAACUUAGGACAAGGCUGUAUGGGCAUUGUUCCCCUUGCCUUCCCUAAAAAGGGAGAAUUUAACAAAAAAAAAAGAAAAGGAUAAAAUGGCUUCAGCGUGAUGUUUCUGUAAUCGUAAUUUUAUUGCUUACUUACAGAAAUAUUGACCAUAUCCUGUGAAAAUAUGGGAUCAUAUGCUAAGUUUGUUUCAGAAUAUUGUAAAACUUGGGAAAUAUCAGGAAGAGAACAAUUUAUUAAACAUGUGACCCAAACUAUUAAAGAUGACAAUAAGAGUCCAUUAUUUUCUAAAUCUGGAAAGCUUUCUGGUUUAUCUCAAAAUCUUUAUGAUUUAAUGCUGUGUGGACUUCGUGGAAAUCUUAAGAAAGAUGCAAUUCUAUCAACCCUUAGAGACAUAUGUGUGUUGCAUGCAGAUAUACCAUCAAUAGUUUUAGAUGUAGUGUGCAUAUUAGAUGCUGAAACAUGCAUAGAUGUUCAAAGCGAAGAACGCACAAAUUUUUGUUAUAUUGUGAGAGAACUAGAAUCUUUCAUGUCUGACAAAUUGUUAAAAGAGAGAUUAGAAAUUGAUACACUUCAAGAUGUCGGUACUUUGAAGAACAAAAACUUUUAUACCAAAUUUAUCAAAAUCAAGACUAAGUUGUAUUAUAAACAACGUAAAUUUAAUUUGUUUAGAGAAGAAAGUGAAGGAUAUGCUAAGUUAAUUGUAGAACUAAAUCAAGAAAUAAAUGAAGAUACUGAAUGGAAAACAAUAUUGGAAAUUAUGCAAUCUUUGAUAGGAUGCUUCAAUUUAGAUCCAAAUAGAGUUUUGGACAUUAUUCUUGAAUCAUUUGAAGCACGCCCACAUUUAGAGAAACUUUUUAUACCUCUUAUACAAAAUUAUAUGGGUGAUCCACAUGUGAUAUCUGAAGUACUUGGUUUUAAAUUAAGUAACAUGGAAGUUUUGGAUACAUAUAAAGAACCACCUCCCUUAAUGACUGUUAUAGCUUUACUCUUACAACACCAAGUAAUAUCAUUAGAUGAUAUCUAUCCUUGGUUAAGACCUGAUGAUUUAAUAAUGGCUAAAGAAGCAGAAAAGGAAGUAAAAGCAGCACAAGACUACAUUCGUAAACUUAAUAUUGUGUCUACAAAAGGACCACAAACAAAUGGACCAACUGAAUUCAUUGAAGAAAAAGCUGACCCUCAGGAAUAUUGGGGUAAUCAGAAGCUGGUAUUAGGAGAGGCACUGUUAAGAGUGAAUGCUUGGCGUGAGUUCGCUGCCCUUUCUGCUCGCUUACCCACCACAUUAAUGGCGCCUCGACCUGCAAUCGCCCUUUGCAGCAUGUUGCACGCCUUGAUUGAACCCUUAUACCGAACACAUUGCCGUGUGGCUCCCAAAAUUCUAGGCAAACCAAUACCACUUCUAACUUCACCACUAGCACCAAAAGCCUGUAAUACAUUUGAAGACAUAAAAGAGACAGUAAUUCCAGCUUUAAUUUUACUUGGGCCAUCUCUCCAUCAUGAUCCCAUAUUAAUGUACAAAAUAAUCCGUAUACUAAGAACGUCACGUUCGAAACUAGAAGAUCCUCUUCAUCAUGAAGCUCUGACUGUGCUGGACGCUGCCAUAUUACCAGCACUUACAUUGAUGGACGGAAAUUGUUGUAUGGCUGAAGAAGUCUAUACUCUUCUGAAGUUAUAUCCUUAUCAAUGCCGGUAUUGUUUAUACUCACGUUGGAAGAACGAAGCCGGUGAAAGGAUACCUUCGCUCAUGAGGGUGCGCGGCAACUCUUUGCAAAGAAUCAAGCACAUCAUGAAACGUGUUUCUAAAGAAAAUAUAAAACCGCAAGGUCGCCACAUAGGGAAACUAUCACAUGCGGCGCCUGCGUUCCUUUUCGAUUACAUGCUGCUACAGAUACAGACGUACGACAACCUGAUCGGGCCGGUGGUGGAGUCGCUCAAGUACCUGACGUCGUUGUCGCUGGACGUGCUGGGGUAUUGCCUGGUGGAGGCGCUGUGUACGGGGCGAGGUGCCGUGGCCGGGGCGGCACACCCCCCCUGGUUGCAGGCGCUGGCUGCCUUCGCGGGCGCCGCCUUCAAGAAACACAAUAUUGAGCUCACCGCGCUACUGCAGUUCGUGGCGAACAGGCUCAAAGCGCAGCAGAGCCAAGAUCUGUUAAUUCUUAAAGAAAUCGUACAAAAAAUGGCUGGUAUAGAAGCUGCUGAGGAAAUGACACCGGAACAGUUAGAUGCGAUGGCUGGAGGUGAAUUACUGAAGGGAGAAGCUGGAUACUUCUCCCAAGUUCGCAACACCAGAAGAUCAUCCGCUAGAUUGAAAGAAGCCAUAGUUGGAAAUAAUUUGGACAUAUCGUUAUGUAUAUUAUCGGCCCAGCAACGACAUUGUUGUGUCUGGAAAGAAUAUGAAGAAGAAAAGCCAACUAGUGGAGAACCGCCGGGGUCGCAACUAAAAGUUGUCGGUAGGUUAGCUGACCAGUGCCAAGAUGCUUUAGUUCAACUCGGCACGUUCUUGGCAUCAUCGCAUGCACCAGAUGAGUACGCAGCUCGAUUACCGCCUUUACAGGAAUUGCUACGUGACUAUCAUGUUGAUGCAGACGUUGCAUUUUUCCUACACCGCCCAGUGUUGACUCAAAAGAUAGCUGCCAGAGCAGAGUUCCUUCGUAAGGGUAUCGACGCCAAAACUGACAAUCUCGAUAAAAGCAUCGAAAGAUAUAUGCUAGCGUCGAAGGAAACAUUGGAGCCAAUACUAACAUCUGUUACUCCUAUGUUGCCUGCUAGAGUGUGGGAAGAUAUUUCACCGGAAUUCUAUGUGACUUUUUGGUCUUUGUCAAUGUAUGACCUUCGCGUGCCCGUCGAAAGUUAUGAAAGAGAAAUAGAACGCCUAAAAACAGCAGCAGCUAAUGCCGCAAAAGACACAUCUCAAGGCACCAAGGGCAAGAAGGAACAAGAACGCUUCAACACUCUCAUAGAAAAAUUACAGGAGGAGCGGCGUCGUCAACAAGAGCACGUAUCCCGCGUAUCAGCGCGCCUCCAACGCGAAUGCAGCGGCUGGUUCCCCGCGCGCGCCGCCAAGUCAGCCAAGAACGAGACGGUGACGCGGCUCAUGCAGCUGUGCCUGUUCCCGCGCUGCGUGUUCACCGCCACCGACGCGUUGUACUGCGCCGAGUUCGUGCACACAGUGCACUCGCUCAAAACGCCCAACUUCUCCACGCUGCUGUGCUACGAUCGGUUGUUCUGCGACAUCACGUACUCAGUGAUGUCUUGCACGGAAGGCGAGGCGGCGCGCUACGGCACGUUCCUUUGCAAAGUGUUGGGCACGGCGAUGCGCUGGCACGGAGACAAGACCGCUUUCCACCGCGAGUGCGCGCACUAUCCCGGCUUCGUCACCAAGUACCGCGUCUCUAAUCAGUUCACUGAGGCCAAUGACCACGUCGGCUACGAAAACUACAGGCAUGUGUGUCAUAAGUGGCACUACAAGAUAACGAAGGCUAUGGUGGUGUGUUUGGACUCCGGAGACUACGUACAAAUCCGCAAUGCAUUGAUUGUGUUAAUACGGGUCCUGCCACACUUCCCAGUAUUAGAGAAACUGGCGCAAAUUAUCGAGAGAAAAGUUGACAAGGUCAAAGAUGAAGAGAAGACACAGAGGCAGGAUUUGUACGUACUCGCAACUGGUUAUAGUGGUCAAUUACGUAACAAGGUUCCUAACAUGAUGAGAGAAAGUGAUUUCCAUCAAGUGGGUGAUAAACACAAGGUUGUAAACGCAGCGAACGCAGUACCAACCGUAGCACCUAAGGAGGAACCACAAGCACCUAAACAGGAGCAAGAGUCUGCUUCCCCACAACAAAUACCAGAUGAGAAACGUGAAACUCGUAGUAACGAUAAGCGUAAAGAUGAGGUAGAACGCGACAAAGAAAUAAAACGUGAAUCACGGGGAUCUGUCAAGGAGCGUAAUAAAGAUGAAGUUCGCGGCAAAGAAAGGUCACCUAGAGACAGAAGUCAUAGGGAGGAACGUUAUUUGGAAACUGUUUCACCUCCGCAUGAUCAUCGUCACCUACCCGACGACAUAGAUCGAGACGUGAAGCGUCGUAAAGUUGAAACCAGCAGCAAUGGCAAGGGUAACAAAGAGAUAGAGGAACGUUCACCUGAAAAAGAAAAACGAAAAGCUAAGGUUAGAGGAGACGAACGUAAAGAGCGUAAGAUGAGCCGAAAGAGGGACCGCACUGAAGAAACUGCCAUAUUAGAACAAAAGCGUAGGCGAGACGAACAGAAAGCUGUCAUCAAGAUGGGAAGUCAUCAAAAUGGUUCACAAGAAGACCAUCACUAUGAAAAAUAUCACAAAAGAGAGAAGUCACCGUUUCGGGAUCGGUCACAUGAAGAGCCUCGUGAUAAGCAAUAUCCUUUUCAUAAGACCCGUUCAUUUUCUAUCAGAAAGUUGAGUUGUCAAAUAUUUAGAUUAUUACACUGACGCGGCAUGGUGCCAGCCAUUGCGAUAAUUGUCUAAAUAGUCUUGUUCUGUCGAGUGUUGUCUGAGUACAUCUCGGCCAUCAAUGUUAAACUUUAGGUUCAGCCACUCCGAUAAUAAAACCGGGCUCCCACGAGGCGAUUUUAGUUGGUCUACUGCUAUAUCGCAUGCGAUUUGAACCCUCUGAACAGAUUUUCAAUCGAAUCGAAGUUAUGAAAGCAAUUGAACGAUAAAAGUUGAUCACGAUAAAAAUCGCCUCGUGUGAACCCGGUAUAAUCGACGCUUAGGCGUUGUCCAAUAAGAGGACUAGCCGCGGUGCCUAAAUGAUCGACUUUUAUAACAACAUGACGUAAAGAGGCAUCUCGUUUCAAUCGCUAUUUUAGCCUAGUUUUAAAAGAGUGCACAAGAUAGUCUCACGGGUUUUUAAAUAUGAAUAGGGGUGAUAUUUAAAAAAAAAAUUAAUUAUGUACUUUUUUAUCUAAUAUUAUUUCCUUAACAACGCUGCACUAGAAGGUCGAACGAGUCCAAAAUGAGAAGAUGAAGAAGUGAUGUGGCGCUGGUGUGAACAAAAAGCGAAGAAGGAAACAAAUUGAAUUGCAUAAAUUGCAUGACAUGCAGGGAUGACUAAUAUUAAAAUAAAAUUUGGAUGAAUUAUAUCAUUUUAUUUCAUUCGCCACUUUCGCUUUGCAAAAAUACCGAAAAGAUUUUGGCCAAAUUAAGUUUGCUUGCAAAGAUUCUCAAUAAAAAAAAAUGAAUCGUAUUUGUCGAAGGAAUUCGUGUUAUGCUCUGCAGCAGCGACACCCCAUGACCUGACCUGGUGAUCUGAUAUAACUUAAUGUGGUGUACCAAGUACGUACAAUCGAACAAAUUGAUUCCUGAACCAACACACUUGCCUGCUAAUUCACAACAAAAUGACAAAAUAGAAGUUUUCUUGUCCCCACUGCAGGGGCAAAGGCCUUGUCUAUGGAUGGAAUAGGAAGAUUGGGCCAUGACCCACCCCGCGGACUCUGUGCGGAUUGUUGGGUGUUGACAACUGCAGAUGCAGCCUGGACCAACGGAUUAUCGUGCCUUCCGAAGCCCGGAGGAGCUUGAGAUAAUAAGAUUCCGGUCACCCAUCCACUAACCGAUCAUUGCGAACCAUCCGAAAGAUUUAAUAUCUUAUUCCUUGGGUUAAUAGACUUGAAACUUGGCACCAAUACUUUUCUAAAUAAAGUUUGUCAUUUUUAGUUUUACUAUGGAUGGAUGGAAAAAUAGAUGAAUUUUAACUAUUGAUUAUUAAUUCGAAACCUAACUACUAUUUUACUAAUAUCAGAAAUAAAGAAUGACGUGUAUCAGGAUUUUUUCUAAUCUACCCCUAACGAGGUAAAAAAGGGGAAAGUGUGAAUGAAUAAUCUUAUUCUUUGACUUAAUAGACUUUGUCAUACCGUAAAGGGGGGUUAUUUGGAAUUUGCGAAAAAAAAUAUUUUGACAUGAAUAUUUUUUUAUCUGCAUGUAAUAGGAAAUAUAUUUUACCACCUGGCAAUGGAACAACAUUUUAUGUCAAUGUCAAAUUGGAAUUUUGGAGGUAAUUGGCGAUAAACAUUGAGCAGUGCGUCGUUCAAAAAAUCGGAAAAUUUGGGUAUAUUUUGUGGUGCCAAAACUUUCGUCUGGUACACUACAUCUAGAAAGGUAUGUAGAGAGUGAAAUAGAUUGCGAAAUAGUGUUUUUCAUCGGCAUUACAGUGAUUGAAUUAACUUUUUUCUAUCUCUUACGGCCUGUCAUGCUAUUCGGUUUUUUCACUAUGGGGCUUUUUGGUUUCGGUUUUAAUUGAAGCUUUGUUUUAAAUAGCCCAUUGAAAGUCUGUCAAACUUUGCUGUCUUCUAUUCAUCGUUUUAAAUAACCCCAAUUGCUCAUUUUAACCUAAUUAAGGGUAAGAUGUUUUGGGGCACUAUAUUUUUACUUUUUUUUAAAUUUUAUACUACAGAUAUGCAAGCAUUGUCCGAACAUACCAAAAAAUUUGCAAAAACUAAUUACUGACCUACCUAUUAUUAAUAUGUAGGUAGUCUCACUUACUUAAUAAUUAAAUAAGUCAGUAAUUAGGUAUUGUAAAAUAACUAGAAAAAUCGUCAUUAAAUAAUAUUAUUAUUAAAAUAUAAUUCAUAAGUAAGUAGUUUUAUUUUAAAAUUAUUAAUUUAUUAAAUCUGAUAAUAUUAAAAUAGUUCCUACGUAAAUUAUUGUUUAUUUUUUAUUUAUUUGUGCCUGCCCAUAUAAUUUUUUCAUAAGUCUUCUAUCUGAUAAACCAACUGAUGAUUUUACUUUUUUUAAUCAGCGGGGAUAAAAUAGAAAAGACUUCCCCUUAAAUAUUCCAAAUAUUGCUUCAUUCUUGUUAAAACUCAUUGGAUAUUUAACGUUAUAUUCCAAAUAACCCCAAAGUUGCGACAGAUUAUCAUUACAUCUAAAUAAUUCAUGGUAAUUUUUCACCUUUUUAGUGACCGUAUGAUGUGAAAUUGACAUAAACUGAAGACAGCUCCUUUUUCUUUAACCUUUUCAAAUAUCGCUCAUUGGUUUCUUUUCGAAACGGUCUCACAAAAUAAGAAAACCAAAAGCAAUUAAGUCAGAUACCAAAUAACCUCAUCAAUGCGAUUUUUGGAACGGCACCUUUAAAACCAUGUAUCUAUAGAUCUGUACACAGAAAAUGUUCAAUUAUAGCAGUUAUUUAAAGAAAAUUGUAAGAUCUACCCAAAAAUAACGAUCUAUAUUGAUAAACUAACUGCAGUUUUUUGUAAAACACCUAUUUCAUAAAUAAAUGUCCCAAUUAGCCCCACCUUGCGGUAUUUGAUUUGCCUAUAUGUUGACCCGACUACUUUAUAAAAUUCAUCCCAUAAAUCCAUGCAGUACUUUUUGAGUUUAUCCCGGACAUACAUACAGACAAACAGACAAAAAUUCUAAAGACUGUAUUUUAGGCUUCGGUACCGACUGUAGAUCACACCCCAAGUAUUCUUUUAAAAAAAUAUUCAAUCUACAGUUUUGACUUUCCUACCAUUUUAUUAUACGUAAUAUCUAUUAUAUCUAGCUAUACCGCUGUUCGCGUUUUUCUUUUUUCCCAAAGGUUGACUGGGAGAGAAUGCUUUUAGCAUUAAGUUCGCCUUUUGUACCAUUCUCUUGUAUUUUGGUCAAUAAAGUUUAAAAUAAAUGAUAAUAAUAAUUGUUGAUUUUUUUCGGCCAUGCGCCACUUGUGCCCCCUCCCAGAAAAAAAUCCUGGAUCCGACCUUAGGGCCAAGUGUGGCAUGGGCCCAGUGUGGAUAGACUCAGUGCGAAAUGGACUCGGUGCGAACGCACCUGUUCUAUUGCUGACCAAACAAAAUUUUAAACCAUAUCCACAACCAUCGCCGUCACCAGACACAGCAAGCCGGACUUGAGAAGUGCUCGGUGGACCUCCAAAAAGUCCAUCGUCUGCACAGGCCAUUAUACAUGCCUAUGUUUCUUAAAUUUAGGUAAAUAUAUUAGAAAUAAAAAAUAUCCAGUGGGUCCAUCACUAAUACACGUAGGGGCCAAUUAUUGUACCUCGAGGGUCAAUCGCUAUUCAUUUGAAACUUUUUUUGUUGCAUUUGAAAUAUUUUAAUCUUUACAUAAUUGAGCUGUUCUUAUUUUAUCAAUCCUAUGCCUAUUUAACAGCAUUGUGUAAUUAUAUUCAAUCGAAAACUAAUAAUUAAUCUACACACAAACAAAUGAAGAAUUCCGCAUAAGGGGCCAAUCAUUAUACAGUAUAGUCUACCCUAUAGAGCUUGAGAAUAUUGGGUAUAGCCUGGAUUACUCUUAGGGCAUGAGCUGCCUACGCCUCAAGAUGGCUUCUGUAGCCUCUGUAGGGCGAAAACCGAGGCAGGGGACGAAUACUUAGCAGAAAUACAAAGGGGGAGUGAUCCGAAACAAGUUUCGACAAGAGCGACACGGAAACCAUGGAACCGGGAUUUCUGCAGCAUGUGGUGUCGGUGUUAUUUCCCACCGUGGCCCCCAGAAUCUCUCCAUUAAUGGCGGCUUCCCUGGUGCCGGUAGUGAAAUAGAGUCCAGAGUUUUUAGCCGUCACAACGGAAGAGCUUGAGCAAGCGGUGGCAGUUCUCCGAACCAAAAGAAAGGGUCCAGGUGGCGUUCCUGGGAGGAUAAUUCCGUUGGUACUGGAGCAUCCUUGGGUAUAUUACCGAACGGUGUUGGAUUGAUGUUUCGAGUCUGCCGUGUUCCCUAAGCAAUGGAAACGAGGCAGGCUCUGUCUAUUGAGAAAGGAAGGGAAACCCAGCUGAUUCUCUGGCAGCAUAUCGCCCGAUAGUCUUACUGGAUGAAAUGGGUAAAAUCCUAGAGAGGAUAAUUGCGGAUCGUGUUGUCCACCAUUUGGCCACAGUGGGGCUUAAUCUGGCGGAGAAUCAGUAUAGUUUCCGUAGGGGGCGAUCUACUAUAGAUGCUGUUUUGGCGCUACGCCGAAUCGCAGAUAGGUCGCUGAGUCGAGGGGAAAUAGUAUUGCAGUAUCAUUGGAUAUUGCAAAUGCCUUCAAUACUCUUCCCUACAGCUGUAUGAAGGAGGCGCUGCGAUAUCACAGACUCCCGUCAUACUUAAGACGGAUCAUAGAGCACUACCUUGCAGACCUAGAGGUGCUCUAUGUUGAUAGGGAAGGAAAUAUGAGAUCCCAUCCUAUGGUGUGCGAUGUUCCACAGGGGUCGGUCCUUGGACCACUCCUGUGGAACAUCGGGUACGACUGUGUGAUCCGCGCGGUGCUGGUUCCAAAAUUGAAUGUCAUCUGCUAUGCAGAUGACACUGGUCAUUGCAAGAGGGAGCAGUUAUAGUGAGGUAAAGAGACGGGCAACGGGUGCGGUCUCGCUAGUGGUGAGCCGAAUAAGAGCACUGGGGCUUGGCGUGGCGGUUUCCAAGACUGAGGCAACCAUGUUUUACGGGCCGCGCUGCAGGCCACCUGCCAGGGCUUAUGUCGGAAUGGACGGAGAGAGGGUGCUGCUGCAGCCGUCUAUCAAAUAUUUGGGACUGCAGCUGGAUGGACGUUGGCAGUUAGUUGGAGCUGCUGCGGCACUUGGCAGACUAAUGCCAAAUAUUGGGGGGCCAAAUAUAAAGUGUAGGAAAAUACGCAGGGGUCAUACGUAGUAUGGCCCUUUAUGGAGCACCGGCCUGGACAGAAAGCUUAAACACGAAGAAAAAAGCACUUCUUCGUGAGGCUUAGAAAACAGUGUCAGUUCGGGCCAUACUAGCAUAGAGAACGGUCUCUUGGGCAGCGGCUUGUGUUCUAGCAGGAAACCCACCAUGGGAACUGGAGGCCCAAGUUCUGGCGGGACUACAUAAGGAGCGGACCCGGAACGCCCUGACAUAGAGAACCUGGUCAGAGUUAGACGCCAGACAGAAGAAAAUUUGGGGGAACUCUGGGGAGAAAUGAUGCGGGCUUCUAUGCUUGGCAUCCAGACAUAAGAAACGAUCUAUCCUAUGUUUAUUUAUUUAUUUAUUUCUACUUUAUUGCAAAACAAUCAGCAAAUGGCGGACAUAAUGCCAUAAGGCAUUCUCUACCAGUCGACCAGUAAAAGCGUGAGAAAUAAAAAUACGGGGGUGCAAUAUGGACAUAUGCUAAAUAAACCAGGUAGGUAAUAUAUAUAUCAAUAGAAUACAGAAAUAUUAAAAUAUAUAUACAAUACAUACAUGUAAAUAUAUAUGCUAUAUCUACAAUACAUACAUAAACAUACACAUAAUUAUGCCAGUCAAAUAUGAGAACGCAGAUUAAUUAUAUUAAGAUAAUGCUCACGAACCAAUCCCUUAAAUACAAAUUUGUUAGGAACUUUACGUAUAUUAGGGGGCAAGUCAUUCCAGAGUCGUACAGCCGUGAUGGUGAAAGAAAAUGAGACGAAGCCAGAAGAGUGGACGGGAGUAUGCAGACGGAAAUGUGAGAUAUGGUCGUAUUUACGUAAGCCAUAUAUGAAGCAAAUGCAGUUAUUGAGAAAACGAUCCAACUUAUUUAAAAGAUUUUCAUUAAUAUCUGGAUAACAUACGUCGGCAUAAUCGAUAAUAGGCAGAAUUAAAGAUUGAACAAGAGCAAUCUUGGUGCGAAUAGGCAGAGAAAACUUAAACCUGUAUAGAGAUCUCAAAGAAUUGGUCACCCUAUGCGAGACGAAAUCGACGUGGUCUAUCCACGAAAGUUUGUCAUCGAUAAUUAAACCCAAAUCCCUCACUUGAGUCGAAAAAGGAAUAACAACUCCAUCAUAAGAUAAUGAAUUAACCCUAGUAAGGUCAAGUUGGGUCAGCAGACGAGAAAUGCCAACAAUGAUUGACACUUAGUAGGAUUUACUGAAAUACCAAAAGAAGCUGACCAGUCACUGAUCACACUGAGGUCGCGAUUUAGACUAGCGACAGCCUCAUUCAAAUGAGGGCUGUCACUGCUGGCGUACAGUUGUAAGUCGUACGCAUACAGAUGGUAAGAAGAAGUUAGAAGUUCUGUGAGAGUAUUUAUGAAAAAAGAAAAGAGUGAAGGAGAAAGAAUACCGCCUUGUGGAACACCAGCAGUCUGCUCGCGCCAACCGGAUAACUCCUGAUCGAAACGAACAGCCUGCCAGCGAUCUCGAAGAUAAGAAGUAAACCACUUCUGCACUGAAGAUAAGAAUCCUAGUCGAGAAAGGACAGCUAUGAGAAUAUCAUGAUCAACAACGUUAAAAGCGUUUGAAAAGUCAAUUAAAACUAAUAGUGUCAGACGAGCAUUUUCUUGGCCAUCCCGGACAUCUUCAAGGACUUUGGUGAGAGCAGUAGUGGUACUAUGGCCGGGACGGAAACCAGAUUGAAAAGGGCAAAGAAGUUUAUGAGAAUUAAUAAAUGAAGUAAGUUGUUUGUGGACUGCGGCUUCAAUGAUCUUUGAUAAGAAUGGUAGAAUAGAAAUAGGCCUAUAGUGACUAAGCAAAGUGGGACUUUUGUUUUUAGGUAGAGGGAUAGUUAAGGCUUUACGCCAGAGAUCAGGAAAAGAUGCAGAUGUAAGGGAGAAAUUAAAUAUAUAAGUCAAGACAGGAAGUACAAAAUCUAGCACUGAAGUGAUCAUAGUUCGACUUUAAAUAUUAUCAUAGCCCACAUCAUUAGACUUAAUGGAUAGAAUUGUCUUUCGGACUUCAUCUUCAGUUAAGAAAUUGAAACAAAAUUCUGAAUUUGUUGAGGGGACCUUGGAAGAAAGAGCAGAGAUAGUAGAAAGUUUGAUUGGUAAGAAGAGGUUUAAUAGAAGUGAAAUGUUUAUUUAGCUCAUCUAACGGAAAAGACGGCUUAUGCGGAAGUUGUGAUUUACCAAUGCCAAGGGUACGGAGAAACUUCCAAGUAUCCGCAGAAGAAGAUUUCAGGAUAUUCUUAUGAAUGUAAUGGAGUUUAGCUUUUCUUACCAUCUGAUUGCAACGAUUUCUAGCAAUUCUAAAAGCAUUCCAAUGUAAAUCAGUGCGGCAUCUUUUAUAAAUGCGAAAAGCUUUGUCACGCUUUCGCAUGGCCAUAUGCACUCCAGGUGUAAUCCAGGGCGCCGGAGGACGUCUUAAUUUGACCUUUUUUAUAGGAGUGUGCCUAUCAAAUAACUUAAGAACCUCCGUGUUAAAGUAGGUGACCAUGUCGUUGGCAGAGGGCAUUUCUCGAAUAGGAGACCAAUCAAUUAAACUCGCAUCACGCUCAAGUUUUUCCGUGUCCAUCCUCGCAAAGUUCCGAAUGGAGAUCAUUUUAGGCUUCGAUUUGGGAGGCUUCACAUCAUAUGCAAUAUAAAUAAGAUCGUGUCUGGAGAAGCAAAGAGCAGAGAAUUGACCGAAUUUAACGACACGAUCUGAUCAAGAUACAAUGAUGUGGUCAAUCCACGAAUCUGAUGUAUUGAGAUUAUGAUGAGAAGGAUUAAGCUGUAAAAGGGAGAAGUUUGCCGACGUAAUUAAAGAACGAAGCUUUCAUGAAGAGGGUGAAUUAAUUAAAAGGUCUGAUUAUAAUCGAUGGCACAAGAAUCAAUCAAGACCUCAAAGUCAGAAAAGUAAUCAAUCGAAGGAGGGCAGUAUACGACUCCGAGGAUGACUGUGGUACCCCUAAUGUCAAUUUCAAGGAACAAAUGUUCCAUGCAGCCAUGAUGCGAAAAGGAUGUAUAUAAAAUUUUGGCUGGUAUGUGGCUUGACAAGUAGAUAGCCAUACCAUCACCGCCUUUACCGAUGCGAUCAUUGCGGAAUAAUUCGAAACCUGGAAUUAAGGCAUGGCUUUAACCAGGUUUCAGAUACAAGCACAGCGUGCACUGUAUCCGAAGAGAAGGUAUCGAGAAAGUCUGUAAUAUGGCAGGGAAUACUCUGUGCAUUUAUGUGACAAGCUUUAAAAUAUAUGGCGAAAUCGAUUAGUUCAUGUGAGAGCUCCUGUUUCAAAGAGAAAUCUAAUGAAGAAUUAAAGGAGUGAAACGACGAGCUACUAUCAUGUAAUGAGUAAAAAUCAUCUGUAUCUGACAUAACUAUUUAAAUAUAUAUAUAAAUAUAAAAAAAUACGAUAUUAAAUAGAUAACAAUAUUUAAAAAAAAAAGACAAAUAACCAAUAAAAGAAUAUGUUGGAUCGCUGGAGAAAGAGGGACCAUGGGUCGCUAACCUUUCGACUGGUUUAGGUGUUGUCGGGGCAAGGUUGCUUCGUACAAUAUCUGCAUCGGAUACAGAGAGAGGCGACCCCGUCGUGCCACGAGUGCGGCGCUGCUGUAGAUACAGCACGACACACCCUUGAGGAGUGUCCGGUGUGGUCCCAGCAGCGCCGUACUCUGGUAGCGGCAGUGGAUUGGGAUCUCUCUCUGCCCGGCAUGGUAAAUGCUAUGCUGGGCAGCGACAGAUCUUGGCAGGCC